AUGGAGAUGCAAGCCCCAGCUGGCGAAGAAGAACACGAACUUGUAGCCGCAUGUCUUGGCAAAGGAGGUGGUCUCGAAGAUUACAAAAAUAAUAAAGUACAAGUGGAGUUAUUCGAAAAACAAGGGAAUCGGCGGCGUGAAUACAUUACUAAAGCCAGAUCUUCGAUUGAAAAUAUACGAACAUUCGUUCAGAAUGAUUACUGGGUCAUCGGAACACAUCGAACAGAAUUGAACACGCUUCGAAGAGAUAUGGAUUUUGCCAAGGCAGAACUGAAGGCAGCAAAAGAUGCACAGUUGGUUGGCAUAAAGAACCAGCUCUACAAUCUGGCCGUAACAGCAUUCGAAGAGAAGCUGAAACAGGUAACAGCAUUGGUAGACGAGCUACCAAAGCACAAAGCUGCACACUGUGCCAAUCUGGAAGAAUGGAUCGUCUGCACGAGGAAAUACCACGAACAAAUGGCUCAACUAAACCGAGAAGUCGAAAAAAGCUAG